AUGGCCGAGGUCAUCAACGCACUGGCUGACCCAGCGGAGGACCGCCGCACCGCGGCCGCGCGCUGCCUGGGGGAGCUUGUGCGCAAGAUGGGGGAGCGCGUCCUGCACCGCAUGCUGCCCAUCAUGCGCGAGUCCAUGGCCUCGGACUCAGCCUCCACGCGCCAGGGUGUGUGCGCGGGGCUUCGCGAGGUGCUGGAGGCGGCCACCCGCCACCAGCUGGGGGAGCACCUCCCCGACAUCCUGCCCCCCAUCCAGGCCGCCCUCUGCGACAGCGACCCCUCAGUCCGCGAGGCCGCCGGCGCCGCCUUCGGCGUGCUCUUCCGCGGCGGCGCGCACAGCGCGGUCGACGGCGUCGUGCCGAGCCUGCUGGCGGGGCUGGACUCGGAGGCGCACUACUCGGCCAGCGUGGAGGGCCUGCGGGUGAUCAUGGGCGUGCGGCCGGCGACGUUCAACGGGGUGGCGCCGAAGCUGCUGCGGCCGCCGGUGACGUCGUCGUCGCUGAGGGCGCUGGGGGAGCUGGCCGGCGUGGCGGGCCCCGCCCUGCCCAGCCACCUCCCGGCCAUCCUGUCGACCUGCCUGGCCAUCGCCUCAAAGCCCAACGACCACCGGGCGCCGGCAGCCGAGGAGGCGGCGCUGCGGGUCGCACAGGCUGCCGGCGAGGAGGGCCUGCCCUCCCUGGUGGAGGAGCUGGGCCGCGCCCUGGAGGACGCCAGCGGGCGGGCCCCCGGCGCGGCCGCGCUGGUCGCGGGCUACUGCAGGGCCGCGACGGGCGACAGGCGGGAGGGGCUGCAGGGCCACGUGGACGGCCUGAUGACGGUGGGCGGCACUGUUGGGGGCGGUGUUCCAGCUGCCUGA